AUGGCUCCAAACACAAAUCUCCCUACCCGUGCCGCAAUUGUUACCUUGAAGUCACCUUUUGGAGGCAAAUCAACCGCCCAAAUCAGCGAAAUCACAGGCGUUCCACAACGUACGAUUGACGCAAUCUAUAGAAGAGCCUGUCAACGAGGCUUUGAUCCAAAUGCCCCUAUGAUUAAGAUUCUCCCUGAGUACCUUGAAGACGCUCCUCGUGCUGGUCGCCCUCGUAAGCGAGAAGCUGUGCAGGAAGCUACCCCUGAGAAGAGUCCUGAAAGAAGCGAGGAACAAGAACACCAAGCCAAGAAGCAUGCCUGCGUUGACGAAGAAGAUGAGGUAUGGUAA